AUGGCUUUUACGGAGUUUCGUCCGCUGGAUGAGAGAUCGCUGAUUGAAUACAUAAAGGCUACACCUUCCCUUUCUUUACGGAUUGGGAAUAAGUUCGAUGACUUAUUGGUUAAGGAAGUCGGAGAUGGCAACCUUAACUUCGUCUUCGUUGUCGUCAACUCUGCCGGUUCUUUUGUCGUCAAGCAAGCUCUUCCAUAUAUUCGUUGCAUAGGAGAAUCAUGGCCUAUGUCAAAGGAGAGAGCAUAUUUUGAGGUUCUGGCACUUAAAGAACAUGGUCGUUUAUGCCCUGACCAUGUCCCUGAAGUUUAUCAUUUUGACAGUACAAUGUCUUUAAUUGGCAUGCGUUACCUAGAACCUCCACAUAUAAUCCUGAUUGCUGGAAUUGAGUACCCGUUACUGGCAGAACACAUGGCAGAUUACAUGGCGAAGACAAUGUUCUUCACAACUCUCCUUUUUCGGACCACUACUGAGCACAAGAGAGAUGUUGCCAAAUUUUGUGGGAAUGUGGAAUUAUGCAGACAUACUGCACUCGUUGUUUUCUCUGACCCUUACAGAGUUUCUCAAUAUAAUCAUUGGACUGCUCCUUAUCUCGAUGAUGAUGCUGAGGCUCUUCGAGAAGACAAUUCGCUGAAGCUUGAAGUUGCUGAGCUGAAAUCCAAGUUCUGCGAGAGGGCCCAGGCACUCAUUCAUGGGGAUCUACACACUGGUUCUGUCAUGGUUACUCGGGAAUCAACUCAAGUUAUUGAUCCAGAAUUUGCAUUUUAUGGACCUAUAGGUUUUGACAUAGGAGCAUUCCUAGGAAACCUGAUGUUAGCUUUCUUUGCUCAAGAUGGACAUGUUGAUCAGGCAAAUGACCGAAAAGCAUAUAAAAAGUGGAUUCUUAAGACAAUUGAAGACACUUGGAAUCUUUUUCAUGAUAAAUUCAUUGCACUUUGGGAUGAGCAUAGAAAGGGUCCAGGUGAGGCCUAUCUUCCUACGAUUUAUAACAAUCCCAAGGUUCUGCUGCUUGCACAGAAAAAAUACAUGGCAGAUCUGUUUCAUGACACUCUUGGAUUUGGUUCAGCCAAAAUGAUAAGGAGAAUCGUUGGUGUGGUACAUGUUGAAGAUUUUGAAUCUAUUAGUGAUGCUAGUAAACGAGCCACCUGCGAACUUCGAGCACUUGAUUUUGCCAAGAUGAUUCUCAAGGAAAGAAGAAAGUUUGAAGGAAUUGCUGAACUUGUUGAAGCUAUUCGGCAGUUCUAGCCACAGCAAGGUUUUGCUGUCUGCAGCUUCCAUGUUUGGUUUUGCCGUCCAGAACUAGAUUUCUCUGUUUCCAUCAAAAUGUGGUUUUGAUGGUUUCUAACAUGAAAUCAAUCACACCAUAUAUAGUGAAUUUUCCAAUAUGAGAUUCCCUAUGUACUGCAUGACUUUCUUAUUGUCAACGUUAUGAAUAAUCAACAUUACCAGA